AUGGACUACUUCAGUAAUGAUUACAUUGGCGGUGGUGGAAUGUCUGGGCUAAUACAAAAACUAGGCAACGACGAUCUCUCUUUACCAAAAGGUAAUAUUUUCCGUCCAUGCAGCUACCCGGUAUUGUCGAUGAACCUGCUGACCUUUCUCUGUUCGCCCCCUUUAGCCACCGUCCAGAAGAUUGUCACAGAGAUCCUGCCGCCAAGCAGCGGUCUCGCCUUCUCCAAGGAUGCUCGGGACUUGCUGAUCGAGUGCUGCGUCGAGUUUAUCACACUCAUCUCGUCCGAGGCCAACGAGAUCUCCGAGAAGGAGGCCAAGAAGACUAUUGCCUGCGAUCACAUUACCAGGGCAUUGGACCAACUGGGCUUCGCCGAGUACAUUGGCGCCGUUGUCGAGGCUGCGCAAGAGCACAAGGAGGUGCAGAGGGGCCGCGAGCGCAAGGCCGACAAGUUCACACAGAGCGGCAUGACGCUGGAGGAGUUGGAAAGACUGCAGCAGGAGCAGUUUGCUGAGGCAGCCAUGAGGCACGGCUGA